GCGUCGGCCGUAGCGGCUUGCAGUAAUGGCCAAAAUUAAGGCUCGAGACCUUCGGGGCAAGAAAAAGGAGGAGCUGCUCAAACAGCUGGACCACCUGAAGGUCGAGCUGUCUCAGCUGCGCGUCGCCAAAGUGACAGGCGGCGCGGCUUCCAAACUUUCUAAGAUCCGAGUUGUUCGCAAAUCUAUUGCCGGUGUUCUUACCGUCAUUAACCAGACUCAGAAAGAGAACCUCAGGAAGUUCUACAAGGGCAAGAAGUACAAGCCCUUGGACCUGCGGCCCAAGAAAACGUGUGCCAGGUGCCACGGGCUCAACAAGCAUGAAGAAAACCUGAAAACCAAGCAGCAGGAGCGGAAGGAGCGGCUACACCCGCUGCGGCAGUACGCGGGCAAGGCCUGCGCAUCAUGGCUUGGGAUGGCGACCAAGGGUGACAGCAACACAGGCAGAGCUGAAGCAUUGGAAGGAGAGGAAGAGACUAUCUACAUGGGCCUGCUCAGAGAUGCUUCUGGAGACACUGGUACAUAUAAAGCAGCUGAACACAAGUGGGUGUACACCGUCUCCCUGAGAUCUCCUUGUAACUGUGGUGCUUCUACUCCAUCCAUCCCUGCUGGCAUCAUUACCCAAGAUAUGGAGCAGAAUGAGGAUGGGAGAUGGACAUGA